AUGUUAGACCUUAAUCUAAGUAUUGAUGACAAUGAGUUUAUUUCGGAAUCCAUGACUUCAAAUUCUUCUAUUUUCGAUAUGGAGACAAUAAGUAAAAAUGCUAGUGUUAAGGAACACUUGUAUUCCUCUAAUAAUCUGGCUUAUAACUUUGAUAUACUCCAAGGGAAUGAUAAUAAUAAUAAUAAUCUAGAAGGUUCUCGAGACGAUAGACGUAGUACGAUCGCAACAAAGCGGCCUUUUCUGAGUGCUGGUGAAGAUGAUGGGGUGGAUGAUAGAGUUUUCUUAUGGAGACAACAACUACAACCAGAACAACAAAGACAACAACAGCAUCAACUUAUGCAACAAGUGAAGCUUAAGAGUAGGAGAGGACCUAGGUCUCGUAGUUCUCAGUAUCGUGGCGUUACGUUUUACCGGAGAACCGGAAGAUGGGAGUCACAUAUUUGGGAUUCUGGGAAACAAGUCUACUUAGGUGGAUUUGAUACUGCACAUGCUGCUGCUAGGGCAUAUGAUCGCGCUGCUAUAAAAUUUCGUGGUGUUGGUGCUGAUAUUAACUUCAAUUUAAGCGAUUAUGAAGACGACUUUAAACAGAUGAAUAACUUGACAAAGGAAGAGUGUGUGCAUAUUCUUCGUCGUCAAAGCACUGGAUUCUCGAGAGGAAGCUCCAAGUAUAGAGGCGUUACUUUGCACAAAUGUGGUCGUUGGGAAGCUCGAAUGGGGCAAUUUCUAGGGAAGAAGUACAUUUAUCUUGGAUUGUUUGAUAGUGAAAUCGACGCUGCAAGGGCUUAUGACAAGGCUGCUAUAAAAUGCAAUGGUAGAGAAGCAAUAACCAACUUUGAGGCGAGUUUGUAUGAAGGAGAGCUAAGCAGUGAAGAAAACAGCCUAUCUAUGGAUUUGAACUUGGGCAUUGCUCCCCCUUCAUUAACAGGAAGUAUUAGAGACAAUGACAGCUUAGGGAACUUGCAUGAGAUCAACUAUGUCUUAGGUGACAUGUCCUCUCAUGCUCCAAGGACUUGGAAUGAGCACCAGCCUAUGAUGACAUUAGGUCCCCACUAUGGUACCAUGCCUUCCAGUUUUCUCCCCUUCUAUGAGGGCACAUCAAUAGACAAGAAUAUGGGUGAUAGGUAUUCUCCGUAUGAAGCAGCAUGGGGAAUAGCUACACCAGCAGCGUCAUUUUUAUCCGCUGCAGCAUACAGGAUUCUGUAGUUCAUCAUCAGCAGUUGCGUGCUGCUCAUUUUCCUCGCAAUCAAUACAAUGUCACAUGCAUACCGCCUUAACGAAACUGUGAUUUCAAUAGUUUUUGAUCAGAUUAUGAUUUAUGAACAUGGGCUAAAACUUAUACACCCCUUUUAGUUUUCAAGGAUGUAUGUGGUCCAAUGAAAAUGUAUGUUGUUGUUUCUUUGUUUACUUUGUGUUAUGGAAGUUAAUAUAAUUCUGAUAUGUUACUAGUA